AUGAACAUCGGCGAUAUGGAAAAAAGUUGGAUUGAUUCAAAGAAUAGGAAUUCAGAAGAAUAUAGAAGAAAAGUUGAUGAAUUUUUAGAGUUAGCUUACAAAGACAAGACUGAAGAUAGCAGAAUUUAUUGUCCAUGUUGUGAUUGCAAGAAUCGUUAUUUUGUCUCUAAGUUAGAUGCUAGGAUGCAUAUUAUUGUUAGAGGCUUUUACAAUAAAUAUAGAGUUUGGGUUUACCAUGGGGAAACUUACAGUUCUCAACAAACAACCUUGUCUUCUGGAGGUACAAGUGAUAUGAAUACAAAUGAUAAUAUGUUUAGAAUGGUUCAAGAUGUUUUUGGUGCCAACAAUAGCCAUGAUUUUGGAUUAGAAGAUGAUUUAGUUGGGAUGGAUGAAAAAACCAGGCGAUAUAUGAAAUUAUUGCAAGAAGCUGAGUGUGAAUUGUAUGAAGAUUGUAAAAAUUUCAUAAAACUGGCAUUCAUUGUUCAUCUCCUACAACUAAAAGUUCUAGGUAGUUGGCCUGAUAAUUCCUUCACUCUUUUACUUCAAUUGUUGGUAAAAGCCUUUCCUCAUGCAAAGUUACCUUCAUCCUUUUAUGAAGCCAAAAAAAUAACUGAAGAUCUUGGCUUCACAUACCACACUUGGGAUGUUUGCCCAAAUGACUGUAUGAUAUUUCGUGGUGAAGAUAGUAAACUUAAAGAAUGUGAAGUAUGUGAAUCACCUCGAUACAAGCCUGGGGAAAGAACUGAUGAUGGUGUCCUGAGACACCCUGCUGAUUCUCAAGUUUGGAAGUCUUUUGAUAACAAAUAUUCAUCUUUUGCUAGUGAUUGUCGUAAUAUUAGACUUGGAUUAGCUACGGAUGGAUUCAAUCCUUUUAGAACAAUGAACAUAUCUCAUAGUACGUGGCCUGUUAUGCUUAUUCCAUACAAUUUACCCCCAUGGCUAUGCAUGAAACAAUCAAAUAUCAUAUUAUCUGUGCUUGUUGAUGGGCCUAAAGCACCUGGAAACAGAAUAGAUGUGUACUUACAGCCACUCAUUGAAGAAUUAGUAGAACUAUGGAAUGAUGGUAUAUGUACUUAUGAUGCUUCAAGUAAGCAAAUGUUUAAUCUUCGUGCAGCUUUAUUAUGGGCAAUCAGUGAUUUUCCGGCUUAUGGAAAUUUAUCUGGGUGGAGUACAAAAGGGAGAUUUCGAAAGCUGAGAGCAUCCUUUGAUGGAACACGAGAAUAUGGAAACAAGCCAAGAAGGCUUUCAGGGUAUGAAAUGUAUGAAGAAGUGAGAGAAGUUUUAACAGAUUAUAAGAAAGAUGACAUUAAAAAGGCACAACGGGGAGUUUCAUUUACCAAGUGA